AUGAGUGCGAGAUCAGAAUCCGGGUCGUCGUCGGCCACUUCCGACGUAUCGGAUGAGGGAGAAUGGCUUGACGUUGAGAACGAUGAAGAAUCCAUCACUAUUGUUUCCCUGUUCGACUCGCAGACAUUCUCUAGCUGGAAUGAGAUGCUCGAUAGCUGCAAAAAGCAUCACGACUUCGACUUUAUUGCCACCAUUAAAAAUCUCCAGCUCGAUUUCCAUGGCGCGGUGAAGCUUGUCAAUUAUAUUCGCAGCCGAGUCCGGGAUCAGCAGCCCGUAGCGAAAAACCUAACCCUUGCAGACUUUGAGGACGACGGUUACUUUAAGCCUGUCCUCGAGAAUGAUGCACUUAUCGUGUCUUUGGAUGAGAUUCUCGACAGCGACCUGGUCAAGGCCGACACCACUGCGAGUCAGUUGGACAGCUCUCAGGGGGAGCUGUUGGCGCAGAAGCAAGCUCUGGAGGCUGAGCUGGAAUCCGUCCGGACUCAGUUUUCAAACUAUCGGCUUGCUGUUCAGGAAACGUUGGAUCGUCGAUGGGGAGAUGACACGGAGCAGAGCCCAGCGAAGGGUGCUGCCAAGGGCGAUCGUGGAAACUAUUAUUUUGAAUCCUACGCCUACAACGAUAUCCAUGAAACCAUGCUGAAGGACACGGUCAGAACUGAUGCUUACCGUGACUUCAUUUACAACAACAAGCACAUCUUCAAGGGCAAGGUUGUGCUCGAUAUUGGCUGCGGCUCAGGAAUUUUGAGCAUGUUCUGCGCAAAGGCUGGCGCAGCUCGAGUUAUUGCUGUCGAUAAUUCAGACAUCAUUAAGAAAGCUACUGAAAAUAUCUUCAACAAUGGCCUUUCUGACAUCAUCACCUGUGUCAAAGGUGCUAUCGAGGAGGUCAAGCUGCCUGUUGACGAGGUCGACAUCAUUCCUGAUGGCCUACUGGUUCCCAGUUCUGGCACCAUUUGGAUGGCGCCCAUCCAGGAUACGGAGUAUAUGUCAGAACACAUAUCUUAUUGGAGAGACGUCUAUGGAUUCGAUAUGAAGGCUAUGCAGGAAGGUAUUUACGAUGACGUUAGGGUCGAAGCAAUGCCCCAAAACACUCUCUGCGGAGAACCAUACCCCUUCAAGGUACUCGACCUCCACACAAUAAAGCCUGAGGAGCUAUCCUUCACAGCUAGAUGGGAAAGUGAGCCCGUGCCAGAGCCCAUGACGACUCCCGAAGUGUUCGUGAAGGCGAAGAAUGGCAACGUCGCAUUCACAACCGGCCCCUCUGGCAUUGUGACUCAUUGGAAGCAAGGGCUGCUUUUGGUGCCACCAGAAAACUCGCCUUCCAAGCUGGAGUUGCCAGAGAUAAUCUCCGGGCAGAUUACUUUUGCAGCCCUUGAGGAGAAUGCUAGAGCAUUGAGAAUCGAUGUCACAUGUUCCUCGGAAAGCAAAGAAGGGAAGAAAUGGUCCUGGAAGUUGGAGUAG